UAUAACGUCAACAAAACUAUCAGGGUUGCUCCUCAAUUGACUGAAAUCAGAACAUACACGUCGUAAACGUCACCAAAAACGUAGUCGGAAACAAAUUAUUGACAAAUUUCGGAUUAAUAAAAUGUUUAAUUAAUCGCACCAUUUCAUACACCUUUAGUGCGUGUAUGUGUGCGAGUGUGCGAUUGUGUGUGUGUGUGUGCGAGCGCUGUGUCCAAGAGGCAGAAAAAACAUACAUAUGUGAGAGAAGAGAACAGUAGAAGCAGCAGCAACAACAACAACAACAACAGCAGCGGGGACUUCAACAAUUGUUUGUUGCGUGCCAAAUUCUGAAAGGUGGAAGCCAAUUAGGUGCAAUUAAAGAGCGAGGAAGCACUAAGUCUGGACACAAUGUCACUGCCAGGCAACGGUAUUUAUGUGGUGCGCGGCGAAAUGGCCACCUUAAUGACGGCCAUGCGACGUGGAACGCGUUGGAAUACAACAGCCUACGUGGAUGAUGAGAAAGACGCUUUGUUGAAGCUGUUUAUCGAUCUGAAGCAAGUGCUUAACCGUAUCGAAGAUCUACGUCUGAUUGAGCCAAAUGUGUUCCUGGCACCCUUCUUGGAGGUGAUACGCACAGCGGAUACCACAGGACCAUUAACUAGUCUUGCCCUCGCCUCAGUCAAUAAAUUCUUGUCAUACGGCCUCAUAGAUCCCACAACUCCAAAUCUGGCCGUGAUUGUGGAGCUGAUUGCGGAUGCUGUCACGCAUGCUCGCUUCAUGGGCACCGAUCAAUCCUCGGAUAGUGUGACCUUCAUGCGUGUCAUCGAAGUUCUGCACACACUGAUCCGUAGUCCAGAAGGUGCCGCCGUCAGCAAUGAAUCUAUGUGCGAGGUCAUGCUUAGCUGUUUUAAGAUCUGUUUUGAGCCGCGUCUAAGCGAGUUACUACGUCGCUCCGCAGAGCAAUCCUUGAAAGAUAUGGUUCUGCUGUUUUUCAUGCGACUGCCACAGUUUACGGAGGAUCACAGUGACACUGUGAUGCAAAAACGUUUUACCAUUUCCGAAGCGGCUGGUGCACCGCCUGAAAAACAUAAACGCAAGCUACAGCCAGCUUCUGUUCCGGCUGUGCAACCCAAGGAGGAGCCACCACAGACACCUCAAAGCACACUGGCUGCGCCGGCGCAUUUAAAGGCACCCAUACUGGCAACGACACCGGCUUCACCAGCUGGCAACAUAUUGGAUAUGCAGGGCAAGAUCACACAAACGCCGACAACAACAACAGCAACAAAUACGGCGGGUAACGAACCAAUUGUCGAUCCCUCACUUGAUGUGCCAGUUAUUCAAGUUGAAAUAUCGACAGAAACGGAGACAACCGCUGAUGUCGAAGAUGACUCUAGAUCAGGCAUUGUCUCAACGUUAACGGAGGCCAACAGCAGUGAAUAUAUUAACUCUGUAGGAGUUCGCUUUACACAACAAACAUCGGCAGAAGAUUCAGCUGCUUUGUCAGCCACAUUGACGCCUUAUGGGCUACCGUUUAUAAAGGAACUGUUUCGAUUUCUAAUCAUACUGUGUAAUCCGCUGGACAAACAAAACUCUGACAGUAUGAUACACACUGGUCUGAGUCUUCUUACGGUUGCUUUCGAGGUGGCUGCCGACAACAUUGGAAAAUAUGAGACGCUUCUGGAGCUGGUAAAGGAUGAUCUUUGUAGGAACUUGAUAUCGCUACUGACCUCGGAGCGUCUGAGCAUAUUUGCCGCCGAUUUGCAGCUUUGCUUUUUGCUCUUUGAAUCGCUGCGUGGACAUCUAAAGUUCCAGCUGGAGGGAUAUCUUAAGAAGUUGAGCGAGAUCAUAGCCAGCGAUAAUCCGAAGACUCCCUAUGAGAUGAGGGAAUUGGCGCUAGAUAAUCUUUUACAGCUUUGGCGUAUUCCGGGAUUUGUCACUGAGCUGUACAUCAAUUACGAUUGCGAUCUGUAUUGCACGGAUAUGUUCGAGAGUCUCACAAAUCUGCUCAGCAAGUACACACUAUCUGCCACAAAUGCAGUAUACAGCACACACAUCAUAUCUAUGGACACAUUGAUCAGUGUCAUCGACUGCAUUGAGCGGAACUGCGCUGCUGCCAAGAGCAAUAAUAGUCACAAUCAUGCUAUUGUCCAAGCACCUCAAGCUGCUGUUGGCGGCAGUCGUCAUUCCCGGCACAAUAGCGGACUCGAGGGUAUUGUCAUCGAUAAUGGCGAGGAGCCUGUCGAGAAUAUUGCCAGCUUUAUCAACAACAGCUCACAUCGCUUGCGUCUGCACUCAAAGAGCGCUGGUGGCGACAUAACUAGUGAACAUCUGGUCAACGUUAAGGAGAAGAAGCGUCUACUGUCCAAGGGCACCGAGUGGUUUAAUCAGCGACCCGACAAGGGUAUUCAAUACCUGCAGGAGCAUGGCAUUCUACACUCCCAGCUUGAUCCCAUGCAGGUGGCACUCUUUCUGCGCGAGAAUCCCGGCUUGGACAAGAAAAUGAUUGGCGAAUACAUCUCGAAAAAGAAGAAUGUUGACUCCAAGAUUCUGAUCAACUUUGUGGACUCAUUCGACUUUACAGGCCUGCGUGUGGAUCAAGCUCUGCGUCUGUAUCUGGAGACGUUCCGCUUGCCGGGAGAGGCGCCUUUGAUAUUCCUCGUUUUGGAGCACUUCUCGGAUCAUUGGCACAAUCAAAAUAAGGAACCGUUUGCCAAUGUGGAUGCCGCCUUUCGCUUGGCCUAUGCCAUCAUCAUGUUGAACAUGGAUCAGCAUAAUUCGAAUGCCAAGCGAUUAAAUGUCCCAAUGACACUGGAAGAUUUCACAAAGAAUUUACGAGGACUCAAUGGUGGUCAGGACUUUGAUCAGGAAAUGCUAGCGCAGAUAUUCAAUGGCAUUAAAAACGAAGAAAUUGUGAUGCCUGCAGAGCAGACGGGUCUUGUGCGCGAAAACUAUUUAUGGAAGAUGUUGUUGCGACGUGGCGCCACCCACGAUGGUCAUUUCCAUUAUGUACACGAUGCCGCCUACGAUGUGCAAAUCUUUAACAUUGUGUGGGGCGCCUCGCUGAGCGCGCUGAGCUUCAUGUUUGACAAAAGCACUGAAAGUGGUUAUCAACGCACCUUGGCAGGUUUUAGCAAAUCUGCAGCUAUAUCAGCGCAUUAUAAUCUUCAUGCGGACUUUGAUGCGCUUAUACUGACCUUGUGCAAGUUCACCACGUUGUUGAGCAGCGUGGAGCAGCACGAGCCUGUGCCGGCGAACAAUGAGAUUCAACAGGCCGUCAACUUUGGACUGAAUGCGAAGGCCCAGGCUGCCAUGCGAACUGUAUUUCUGCUCGUUCAUGGAUAUGGCGAUUGUUUGCGAGACAGUUGGAAGCACAUUUUGGAUUUGUUUUUGCAGCUCUUCCGUUUAAAACUGCUGCCCAAAGCGCUUAUCGAAGUGGAAGACUUUUGUGAGCCAAAUGGCAAGGCCUUGUUAAUAUUGGAGAAACCACGAGAGAAGCAAGAGCAGGGACUGUUUUCCAGCCUCUAUUCGUUCAUCAGCUCAGAGGGACAGCGUGAGCCAACGUAUGAGGAGCAAGACUUCAUCAAGCAUGGCCGGAAAUGCAUCAAGGAAUGCCAACUGGAUCAAAUGCUGCAAGAGUCCAAGUUUGUUCAACUGGAGUCACUCCAGGAGCUGCUCAAGUGCGUGUUGUCGCUGAUAACGGCGCCACAGGCACCGAAGUCCUCCGGACAGCCUUAUGCCGAAGACAUCACCGUCUUUUGGAUGGAGUUUCUUGUUAAGAUUGUGGUACACAAUCGGGACCGCAUGAUUCCUUUGUGGCCAGCAGUGCGUGAUCAAAUGUAUCAACUGCUUCAUGGAAGUGCCCAAAAUGGAUACGAUUAUCUGCUUAAUCGCUGCAUCGUCGCCGUGCUCAAGUUAGCCAUCUAUCUGAUGCGCAACGAGGAGCUGUGUCCCAUUGUCUUGCAGUCAUUAAAAAUGCUGUUGACACUGAAGCCGAUGCUCUUGCUGCGCAUCUCCAAGCAAGUCUCAAUUGGCAUCUAUGAGCUGCUGAAAACCUCUGCCCAGAACAUUCAUUCCGAGCAGGACUGGCAGAUCGUCUUCAAUUUACUGGAAUGUGUUGGCGCUGGCGCUGUGCCGCCAAACUUUGAAGAUGCACUGCAACUACAGCAGCAGCAGACUGCUAAUGGACACGCCACCUCUGAUGGUGCACUGAGCAGCGAGGAUGAUGUCACUGCAACCCUUGAGCGCGGUUACACAUCGGACUCGGAGCUCAACAAAGUGGCGACCACAGUUCCAGCCACUUCAAGUCCCACCGCUGAGAACUGGAUACUUGUCAACCAGGAUAGCGAACUGUCCACAGCAUCCAGACCCCAAUCGCCACCUAGCUCCAGCAAUCCCGUUGUCAGCUCUUUGGUGUUCAAUUGUCAACUGUUGGAUCAUGCACCAUUUGCACUGUUUAAGUGCUGGGACUCUCUGGCUUUCAUUGUGAGAAGUGUGGCACACAUUACUCCGUAUAAUUUUGAGGCAUGCGUGCGUUGCAUUCGCAUCUUUGUGGAGGCAUGCCGCGAUGGAGGGAUACGCCAGCGUCGCAAAUUUGAGGCAGUUUCGAAGAAGAGAAACGUGAAGAAGCGUCAGGAAUACACACGUGAGCUGGGCGGUUCGAUGUCCACGUCGACCGGCAAUCUAACCUCGCUGACCGAUGUGGGUGACAAUCAGCAACCAAAUGCCGCUGAGCAGGAGGAGUUGGCACAACGCUAUGAGCAGUUGUCCAUACAGUUAUUGGAUCUGAUGUAUACGUUAUAUACACGUACCGCGCAGAUCUUUCGUUGGUGGGCGGAGGAGGGAUGCACGGUACCGCAAUCUGCGGCACUUUGGACUCCCGGCUGGUGUCCUUUGUUGCAGGGCAUCGCCAGACUGGCCAUGGAUCGUCGGCGAGAGGUGCGCACUCAUGCCAUCUCAUGUCUCCAGCAGCGUGCGCUGUUGGUCCAUGAUUUGCAGACAUUGUCGGGUGCCGAGUGGUCCUCCUGUUUUCAAAAUGUGCUAUUCCCGUUGCUGAAUGAACUGCUGCCGGAGAGUGUGGCUGCUGCCCAGCUGGAUGCAUCUCUAUUGGAGGAAUCGCGCAUUCGCACGGCCACGAUUAUGUCUAAAAUGUUCUUGCAGCAUUUGACGACACUUAUCGAACUGGGCGCCACCUUUAACGAGCUGUGGCUUGACAUCUUGGGCUACAUUGAGCGUUUCAUGAAGGUGGGAUCCGACACGUUAUCGGAACAGAUGCAGGAGAUACUGAAGAACAUGUUGUUGGUGAUGCAUUCGGUGCGUGUGUUCCAUAACCAGGACGGAACCCUUCAACAAGCUUUAUGGGAGCUAACCUGGCGUCGUAUUGGCGAGUUUCUGCCAAACCUUAAAACGGAGCUGUUCCAUGAUGAAGGCAAACGAGCUCAAACUUUGACAAACAAUGAGACCGCUCAACAGGUGCUCCAGUUACCCCAAGUGGACAUACUGCCCAGUCAGGCACAACAGGCCGCAGAGUUAAUUAUUAGUGCCCCAGCACCUGUUGCCAUCGAUGCCCCAGCUGCUGCUCUAGCUCCUAGUGUUGCUGCCACACCCAUCAUUGCAUCACCUGUGGAAUCCCCGAGACGCAGCAUUAUUCUGCAACCACCUAUGGCAGAAACUCUGCACCAAGUGCCCAGCUUUAUGUUUGCUCAGCCCAUCUUGGUGCCUCCUCUGGCGCCACAGCCAACAACAGAGCUGCAGGCCUCCAGCAACAACAUCAACACUUCUCUACCCGAUCUGGUUAAUGAGGCAGCCGCAGCGACAAACACAUACACAGCACCUGUGCACAGGCCAACGGAGUCACUAACGUCAACUACGCCCAUUGUCAGCAGCAGCAGCAACAGCAAUAGUUACGCCAUUGAGCUGCCAGCAACACCGCCAAGUUUAGAGGAACAACAACAUCAUCAGCUGUAUCAGCAAUACCAACAGCAAUUCCAGCAACAGUACCAAAUGCAUCAGCAGCAGCAGCAGCAGACACCUCAAGUUACUGCCACAAAUGAUGUGCCCCUCAGUCAUCUGUUAGCCAGCAAUGCAUAUCCAUCGUUGGGCAGAAUGCCAAAUGCAUCGAUUGUACACAGCUUUGCGCCGGUUUAUGAGGCACCAGCAGCAGCAGUACCGACAGCCAAUGCAGCUGACAUCUAUCAGGAAUAUGUACAGAAUCCUUACAAUUUAACCUUGCAACAGGCACCGCAGCAGGAUCAGCAGCAACAGCUGUUGCCACAGCCACAUUCACAGCCGGCUGUGGCAUCGCCCGCCAAUUACUUUAAUGCUAAUAUCGAUCCCAGCAAGAUACCGCCCGGCUCUGAGCUGCUCUAUGGCCAGCAUUAGAUGAAGUUAACUAAAGCAGUCGUCAGUUGUCAGAUGGAGAUAAUAGAGACAUAUUUCUUCUAGUGUUUUCUUUUAUUUACAUCCA